GUCACUUUAACCCAACCAUGCACCUUGCACGCCUUGGUUACACUUCAGAAAUCUGAAAUUGAUGGUUUGACAAACUAGCUUGUAUUGUGUGUCUACGUUAGCUAGUCUUUUGUCAAUGUUACGUUAACUGUCUAACCUUUUAUAACGAUAUAGCUAACCACUGUAUUCAACGUCGCUUGCGUUUCUUAUCCACGAGUCAAGAGGCACCAACAACAGAGGAUAUGCCAGCCAAACCAAGGUGGAAGUAGCUAAAGUAACCAUAUCAACAGACAAGACAGGCUCGGGACGGGUAAAACAAAACUGAUCUGAUUAGGAAUAUGACCGCAAACUAGUAAGGGAAAUUGUUAUCUAUCGUCAAAAUAAUCGUUUACCUCGUGUAACCUUAUUUCAAUGAGUCUAGUAGCUAGCUACAAAGAACGUAUUGCUACCCUAUGUUGCUAUCUCGCGUAGUAGCUCCAAUGAUUAGCAGUUAACGCGUAGCGACUACGUUGAAUUGCAUUGGAUAGCGCUAUAAAGGUUAGCUAGAUUAACGUUUGAAUACAGUAUUUUCUAUAUACAUAAUUAAGAUCCAUAAUCAAGAUGUCAUUAGGAUGGCAAUAGUUGCUUUCUAGUGUCUGACUAGCACUUUCAGUGCAAACAGCUAGCCAAACCAGUUUGGUAAAUCUGUGUUAAUGCAGUCAGGUUGCUAAUGCGUUAGCUACCUACUGUAGGUUUACGAUUUGGUGGAUAAAUACACUUUUUCUAUCUAUCUUGAAACGAUUCAGGGCCCACCAGAAUCGUUCAGAUAUUUUGACACCGGACUCGUUAGAUAGCUAAAUAAUUUGUCACUUGCAUGCUUGGCUAGUGUUUGUCCACGUUUGCUGUUACAUUUAGGCCACGUCGCUGCAGAUGCAUUUCAUCCACUGACAGCGUCGUUGGAUGAAUGCAAACAAGACAGGCGACAACUGUGCGGAAGAGGGAAGGCGCGUGAAUAACUAUUCCCCACAUUCCCUGCAGCUAACUAAUGCAAGAAACUCGUUUGAGGUUGGAUACAAAUGCUUUCUUUACUGACCAUCUCAGUGGCUGUAUGUUUGCCGUAAUUGAACGGCAUGUCAGCUACCCAAUUUGUUUACCAGUGGAAGCAUAGGCUUAUUUAGUUUUCUAGAUCAGUUAUCGAAUACAUUCUGAAAUGGUUGGCUUUGGCGCAAACCGACGAGGAGGCCGUCUCCCGUCCUUCAUCCUGAUCGCAUUGAUGGUGAUCAUUGCCAUACUGUCUUUCAACUACUGGACUGUGUCCAACAAGCAAGGGCGCCUGUUGGACGAGUUGGCAGAGGUGCAGACACAGGUGAAGCGGACCGACGCGGCGCGCAGUCGACUUGAGAAGCGCAACUCGGAGCUGAUGGUGCAGGUAGACACGCACAGGAAACAGAUCGAUCAGAAGGAUGGAGACAACAGCAUACUGGAUGGCAAGCUGCAGGCGCGUGAAGUACUCAUCAAAAAGUGCACAGAUGAAAAGAUGAAAGUGCAGGGUGAUGUCACAGCACAGAUGUCGGAGAUUGUGAGGCUGAAAGAGCAGCUGAAGGAGCUGAAACAGGAGUUUAUGAGGCAGGAGAUCCAGCUGAGGGAGGUGAAGAAGAACAGCACCAACCUGGAGAGGAAGUUGGAGUAUGAGAGUUUGCAGUGUGGGCGUCAAAUCACUCAACUAAUGGACGAGUAUGAAGAAGCUAAAAAGUCCCUGGAGGAGGAGGUGGUGAAGCUGAGAAAGAGUGUGCUGGAUAGCAGGAAGGUUGGAGCUGCAGAAGGAGGGACUGAGGUGGAGACCGCAGGAGAGCACCCAACUGUGGCCACACACCGAGACACUGACCUCAAAGAAGAUAUGGGCAAGCCUGGCAGUGAUGCUGGCAUGCCUGGUAUUGAGGACAGUGAAGUGGGAAAAAUAGAUGAUGUGCAAUUUGCCCUGAAGAAGCCAGCCAUCACCCAGAACCACAUAGAGAUACCUGAUACUGGGCUAAGAGAGGUGGGGGCCGGUAUGGGGGCAGGUGAGGGGGCUGGUCGAGACCUCUCUCUGGACCGGCCUGUGCUCCAGAUCCAGGACAAGAUCAUAGGGCUGGGGCUGGAGGGACGAGUGGGGGUCCUCCAGCAGCAGCCCCCCCAGGCGGUGGCAGACAGACCCAUCCUCUUUGAUGAGGACAACAAGGCAGCCAUCCAGGCAGAUGAGUUCGGAGAGCAGCACAGACCGCUUAGAGCUCCUGCCAAUGUGAUGAAAGUGGAUGGUGUACAGAGGAAAGGGGCAGGACUGCCUCUGCCUCCUAACCCCGCCCAGGUGCCCAACCCUAUAGAACCUCGGCAUGCCAGAGACCCCAAGCCUGCUGAGCCCCUGCGUCACAGACAGAGCCGUUUCUUUGAUGAGAACGAGUCCCCUGUAGAUCCGCAGCACGGCUCUAAGCUGGCGGACUACAAUGGGGACGAUGGGAACGUGGGUGAGUACGAGGCGGACAAGCAGGCCGAGCUGGCCUACAAUGAGGAAGAGGAUGGUGAUGGUGGGGAGGAAGACGUCCAAGAUGAUGAAGAUCGAGACAUGCAGGGAGACCGGGCAGUGGACUAUGGGAAGAGACGUCAAGCCAUCGACAUUCUGUAAACCUUGUCCACUUGCUCUAGGAUCUGGGAUAGAACAUUCAAACAAAAGAGUUUAUUCCUCCACAUUGUUUCAAUUAUGCUACGGAUGUCAUUCUUAGGACUGGUUGAAAUCACGAAGAAUGUUUUUAGCUGAGUCUCUUAUGGCGAUGGACAAUUCUGAAGACACGAUUACAGAUUAUUAUUCCAUGAAGCAGUUUGACCUAAAACCAUGUAUCAUUGGAUCUAUAAAACAAUUCAUGAUAAUAUCAUUCUGUGCAGCCGUUGACUUGCAACUAAAUUUGUUUUAUAAGUUAUUUGGUAUUAGAAUUCCUUUGCGAUUACAUUGAUAUAAUGUACCAGAGUGCUAUACAGUAUACAUUUAUUUUCUUCUUACCAUGACCGAUUUAUGAAGGCUUUUGUUUUGUUUACUACUUUGAAUGAACUGUCAGCUGCAAGAAUAGACUGAAGUGGUCUGGAAGAGCCAGUUUGGGCCAGAACAUCGCUGUCUUGGAUGACUCUGUUGCUGACCAGAUCACCUAGACCGGCAGGCAUGGCAUAUUGCUUGAAGUUGUCAAAUUUAAUUUGACUUGUCUUUACCGAAAAAAGGAAUGUUUCCCUUUUGAUGUGGGACAGCUGUUGCUUGAUAAAGAAAAAUAACUGAACUAUUGCUCCAAACUGUGUCAAUGAAUUUGACAGGACGGUUUCUUUGGCACUUUCUAAUUGUUGGACUCUUGUAUGGACGCCCACACUUCAAACACAGCCGCGCCAACCAACGCAGCGCUUAUGCCAAGGACUUCUCAUGGCUUCUUAAACCUAUUUGUUCACCUUAUUUCUGUCAGACAACACUCAAGUGCUCAUUCUGUCUUACAAUUAUGCUGUUGUUAUUAAUGCAUGUAAUCUUUAUUACUCAACCUGAAGAACGUCUCGAAGCUGGAGGCAAUACUUAGACCAGUUUAGAAUUAGGAAUCCUGUGGAAGACUAAAUGCACAUCUGUCCUGCUAUUAUGAAUGGACUACAGUAGGCAUAGAUGUACAUAUUUGAAUUGUUUCUAUUUUAACUGUAGGACUCAAAUGACUAUUCUUCCUUUAUGCUUAUUGUUUAAUCAGUUUUGUUUUGUUUAAAAGUUAGAUUUUUUUUUUUCUUAUAUGGAAGGUUGGCAUAUUGAAUGUACGCUGCUGAUUUGGUUUUUAAAGAUCAUAAUGUAAUUAAGAUAUUUGGGUAGUUAAUUGUUACAAAACUUAAUUUAGAUGCUAAUAGAUGAAACUGUGGAACCAGUGAACUUGUCCCCAGCUAAGUUUUCCCUCAAAUUCCAACGUGUUACUGAUCUGCUGGGGAUUACUAAAAGCUGUUGGUAUCACUGAUCUUGGGGGUAAUUUAUAAUUUCAUACUGAAGAAUAAAUAAGUGGUCAUUAUUGAUACAAGUAAUUAAACAAUUGUUUCUGUUUCCCCCUGAA